AUGGUUUCAGAAAGUGUCUUCUCUCACUCUCUCUCUCUCUCUUUCAACCAUCGAGCGACGUACUCGUAUUCCUAUUGUUUUCUUCAUCACUUUCACUCUUACUUAGCCUCUGUUAUUCCCAAUGCGUCUCUCUUUAUUUCUUAUUCAGUCGUCUUCUCUUCCUUAUUUCUCCCUCUCGUUUAUUACCUCCUUCUCACCCGUUUUUUUCACGCUUCCGACCCUUAUUGCAUUAAUAUUUCUCUCAGUGGAUUAAUCUCACUUUCUGUUCCAGAAACACAACGGAGGGGCAGCAGACGGAACCGAGCACGACUACGCUGCUAUCGCUGCAAAGAGUUAGGCCAUGUAGCACAGGAUUGCUCGGGGAAACGAGUCCGGGGACAAGGUGCUGUCGCAACCCUUGCCCCCUCUCGGUCAGUAAAUGCGGCAUUGUCUGUUGUCAACGUGUACGUUGAGGGUAAACGAUGUUCGGCGCUCGUUGACACUGGAUGUUCCCGAUCGAUCGUUAGUGCGGAUCGAUGCGUGACAUGGAACAGUCAACAAAUCGAGAUUCGGACGAUUGACGGGGUGUCCCGGGCCUGUUGUGGUGUCGGGACUGUGUCAUGCCAAAGUCGACGUCUUGGUGGCACGUCAAAGGCCCGUCGGGUACGACCUGCUACUUGGGAUUGA